UCGAGAGAGAGCUCUUAUUGAAGGGACAGUUGAACCAGGAGGGGACAUGAGGGCGCGGAGCAAUAACAAUAAUGUGAAUCCUGAUGUGUUGAUGGAGGAAUCUAAUCCACCUCUAGGUUCUGGAACAAAUGGUUCAAAAGUAUUGCUUCUUGGAAUGAGUCUACUGAUGCUUAUGGUCCAUGGAUACUGUCAACGAGACGAAAUUGUAAGGUAAAUAGAAAAUAUCUUGGGUUAGGUAGUGAUCACCAUCUGAAAGGGAAAAGGGCUGGAGUCUCUAACAGUUUUACUGCACUACAGGUUGGUGAUAUGGAUGAGUUAGGAAAUGAGUAACGGUAAAACCUAUGAUAAUGUGAAUAAUCAGGGGUCAUUAAAUGUUGGAUCCAUUACCUCAAAUUGUGGCCACAAUGUAACUGUUGAUAGAAUUAAUGCUCUUACUCUUAAUGGUAAUAAUAAGAAUGCUAAUAGCUUUCAGUUUCAGAAUUCAAAGGGUAAGCAAACUACUAGAACAAUGCAUGGUGGCACCUCCUCCUCAUCUCCAGUGGGGGUUACAAAAGGUGUUAUGAUGAAUAAUAAUAAGAUGCUUGAAAUCAGGAACCAGAGUAAUUUAAUGAAUACUAGGAUAAAUAGCAAGGACAAAGGGGAUACCACUCAUACUUUGGUUAACAAGUCUGUCAACAAUGAAACACCAAACAGAGAUUCUCAAUAUCUUUUCACAGGAGUCAAUAAUGCCAUGGAGGAGUGGAUGGUGAGGGAUAUGCUGGUGUACAAAGCCCAACAAGAACUAAACGUAAUAGAAUCAUAUUUGAUGGAGAUACCUAUGGAACAAAUACUAAGAGGGGAUCAGUUAAUUCAGCUGACAGAAGAGAUAGAGAAGCUACACAACCAACUCAGUGCAAGUCUGCCAGUGAUAGUGCACAUGCCGGGACAAGUGAAUGUGCAUGGGUUUUUGGAGUAGGUCAACAGAAUCUUGAGGCCAAUCCGACUUUCAAGGUCCAAUUAGAAUCAUCAAGAACCGGUAGCAUUUCUAGAAGAAGGGAUGGAAAGAAGCAGUUGGCGACUCAAAGAUGUGGUCAGAGGAAACAAUAUUGGAGGUCAUAAUGGCCCAAAUGGUGGAGACUCCAGCUCUAAUAAAAAUCCCAAAAGGACUCUAGCAGUUCGAGAUGCAGAUUCUUACCAGAUUGGAUUUGGAUGUGACCGACCAACGUAUGUUCAAGACGAGACUCUGCCCAAUGAUGUCAAUGGACCAGCAGGCUGCAGAGAGUUGGAGGGACUUUCAGAGACCCAUGAAGCCACAUGUGCUUAACCAAAGUUUUUCCUUCCUUAUUCUUUUUCUAUGAAGAUUUUGUCUUGGAAUUGCAGAGGUCUUGUUAGGCCUUCUUUCAUGCGUGUAAUGAAGAUGUUGAUUAAAAGGCACAACCCUUCCAUUGUUGCCUUACUUGAAACUAGAGUUUCAGAAGAUAGUGUUGUUGAGAUUGUGAGCAAGUUAGGUUUCUCUCACUCCAUCAUUGUUGAUCCU